AUGACUGCUGCUGCCGAGUCGAAGCGUCUCUGCUCCGGCUCUGGCACUUGCUUGUUGGCUGUUUCAACAUUGCCCGACAAUACCGAUGCCCUGACGGAAGCAGCUGCAGGCGAGGGCUGGGCUAGACGACGCACUAGAGAGCUUAAAAAGAGUCUUCGCGACUCCUUUCGUAGGCUCAAGCGAAUGCGUUCCACUGUCGGUCAAACGUCAAACAUCGGUCCUCCGUCUGUGUUGGGGACGACCACUGGAUCGCCCGGCCGCUCUCCUGGCGGCGAGCUCGCCAGACAGACUUCUGCUAUGUCCGGCUCAAUUGCGUCCGCUUCGUCCAGAGUUGGCAUACGCCGCACUGUGACACAGAGUGUAAAGAUCUAG